AAGCCGGGACCUCGUCACGUGACCGUGUUUAUAUAGCCGGUGUCGCAACCGAACUUGGAGAGAGACCAGCAUUCUCUACCCUGCAACACGAACGCAUUCAAAGCUAACGAUGAGCUCGAAGUCAACUGCUGCCUGUGGGAUAUGCUUUUGUGCAUAAACAGAAUGCCCGUCUCUAAGAUGACGGGCUCAUCAAGAGAAAGACAGCGUGACCUAUACGGUAUAGACGGAACUGGUGAGUUAAUGUAUUUUCAGAGUUCGCCUGGGAUACAUGGAAUGGACUUCUGAUCUUGAUCCCUUGGGUGAAUUAGGACGGGCCAGGACGGACCAAAACGGGCCAGGACGAACCAGGACGGACCAGGAUGGACAAAGUCGGACCAGAAUGGACCAAGAUCCACGGAUCGUAAUGACUCUGAAUGAAGGACAUCCGGGACACCCUGUACUGGGAUUGGUAAGAGUGUACAGUUCCUGUUCAGGAUGUAUACCGUAAGUACGAUCAGGGUACGUAUAUCACCCCAUUCUCAUCCUCACCCCCAUCCCAUUCCAUUCACACAUCCUCCAUGUAGGGAACUAACGUAGGUGCGCCACCUGGUGGGAACCGAUGUCCUGGAGAAGAAGAGACAUGGGAUUAACCCUUCGUAGCAUCAUCGUUCACGUAGGGACAUCAUACAGGUUGCCGGAUGCUGAGGUCGUCGACGAAGGAGGAUGCAGAGACGAGGAAUUGUCAGGAUGCCGCAGUCAUCAAUGGACGGACCCGUGGACCUUUGCGAACAUUUUGUAAAUUUUCCCAUUUGUACUUUGAACCAAUUUUCCGAAUGAAAUGAAACACACCGAUCUCUUAGAAUGUUUCUUGCAUUUAUCAUAAUGGCCUAAGACGCCCUGUUUCACUUCCGAAUGAAUAGAGCUGACAAAAAAAAGAAAUAAAAAGUCAAUAAAAAACUAAUAAAAGCAAAUGAGACAAACAAAAGAGAACUACGAACACAAGAGAAGAGGUUCAUCUUACUUUAGGGGAAAAUUUACAAGUCUUUGUAUUUCAGGGACUGCAGUGAUCUGAUCUCAUGGGAUUAAACAUAAACUAGAUUUUUUUAACUGAUACUCAUGCGCCCUGUGACCUAUCUGUGUUGACAGCUAUAAACACGACAGUUGGACCCACAGCUCCCAGCUCCGGCACCGUCGAGAGAAAGGACAUAGAAUGUACAGCAGCAACCAUGGACAUCCACAUCCCCCGGACUUUACUCCCCACCCACAAAGUGACCCUCCGUGACCCCACUUGCGUCAUCCCCUCCAACGGCACCCACUACAUCAUCAGCAUCUCCUUCAACCAGUGCGGCACCACAGUCAGCUUCAGCAACGACACCGUCGUGUUCAACAACGAGCUGGUCGCCACCGUCAUCCAAGGAAGCAACCCAUCCACCAUCAUCGACUACGGCCUCAGCAAAGACGACCAGCGUGUAUCUCUGGAAUGCGUGUACAAAAGACACACAAGUGUGGACCUGAACUAUAGGCCGCUGAUGAAAGCAGCACACUUUUACGAAAAACGAUAUGGGAUGCUGGACUUCGAGAUAAAACAGUUCUCAGAUGAGCAGUUCAACACGGAAAUCGCCCAGACCAACGUCCCGUCGGGCGUCGUCCUCAACAGCGAAAUCUUCAUCGACCUGAUAGUGGAUCAGCGACAGACCAGCGACAUCGGCCUCGAUGUCCCAAGCUGCUUUGCCACGCCCACGCCCUCUCCGACCGACCCGCUCUAUUAUCCGCUCAUUAAGUCAAGCUGCCCCGCCCAGACUGACGUCAGGACCUUCACCGCUCCGAACAUCAACGAGUUCCGGUUCAGCUUCCUCGCGUUCAAGUUCACGCGGGCCCCCCUGCAGAAACCCGACGCCUCCCUGCCAGCUGUGCCCAUGGUGUACAUACACUGCCAAGUCUCCGCCUGCCCAAGAGGAAACUGCUCGUCGUCAUGCGCACAAGGUCAUCGCGCGAAGAGGGCGGCGAUACAAGAUAGUACCCACUUAAUUUCUUCUGGUCCAUUCUACAUGAAAACUGACGAAAGUACGACUGGAUACAGCAGCAUCGUUGUAGCCGUCACCAUGUCAGUCGCCGUCGCAGCUACUGUAGUUGCCAUGGCAGCCAUCGUCGCUUGGAGAAGAAGCGCCGCUGCCCUAAGAGCCUACAGGAGCCUACCCAUGGAUGUCACUUCGUAGAAGUUUUCUUUUUUUUCAAAUAUUUUGCUUUCUCGCUUAUAUCCCAAUUAAAAUAUAUUAACCCGAAAACUCUUUAUAAUUUCUUUAUCGAAAUACUGAUUUAUCGUUUUUACCGCAUAUUUUAUGAAUAUCUUAUAUUAAAUUUUGCAAUUAGUGAGUUACCAUUUUCGUCGAUUCGGCAUUAUUUCAGCCAUUUAGCGACUAUUUUUUGCAAUCAUAUUUGUAAGAUUGCCCUUUCGGCUUCAGUUUUGAUUUUAGAUGUUUUUGUAAACUGCUAUAAACCGAAUCAAACUGAUAAUUAUUAUUAAAUGUCUUAGACCGAUUUUCGUUUUGUGUUCGAUUAUUAGCUUGAAAUAUUUGUGGUAAUCUAUUAUUAAAAACUUAAUCUAUAAACGAAUGUCAUGCAAAAUUUUGUUAGUAAUUUACUUUAGUUGGAUGUUUUCUCUUUGUUUUCUCUCUGAUUUUAUGUAUUGUUUGCGAGCAGCGUUUUGUUUUAUCAUUUAAUAAACAGCAUUCUCAAGA